AACAAAUGAAAUUAAAUCAAAGGCGGUGGAGUAGUGAGCUGUUAAGACGUGUUUCCAUCAAGUCCGUUCGUUUGAAUCACAACGUACCCUAAACACUGUCAACGACGACGACGAUGCGCCGUUUACCGGUCCUCUGGUUGUCGCUGGCCCUGGCCGUACUUAUCACCAACCGAUGUGUAAUCGCCCCAACGACCCGGUCGCAGCUGCAACAGAUAAUCGCUUUAAUCCUAUUUGAAGACAAGCUGUACGAUGAUUUGUUGUCAGAGAGGGUGAUACUGGAUGCAAAAACUGACUGUUUGCCACCACGGGUAGCAGAGGCGGUGGAGAAUCUCAAUAACGUCGACCCACUAGUGUCACUUCGUGCACUUAUCCCACCCGAUCAAUACUAUUCAGGCGAUAACCUGGACCUGAGCCUGACCAUUGUCAAGAAGUCACUUAAGUGCCUGAUGUACAAGCGCGUGGCCUUCCACCUGGCGCUGAUUAUUGGGCUGAUCCAAAACCCCGAAGGAGGGUCGCAUGUUGAAAUGCGGUUACGCGUAUUCACGCACGCCAUUCCCCUCUACAUUAACAUGUUGUCGUCUAUUACCACAGAUUUUGAAGAUCUGUUGAACGUGUACCGCACGGUACACUCCAUAUUUUCGUCGCCGACCAUGCCGGAAAAUGCCGUCGAAAACUUGAAAAAACAGCUGACAUCUCUGAACGACAUCAUCAAGUUGUCUUGCGUGGCCAACGAAAUGAAACUGUACUGCACCAGUUUCAACCUGAAGAAAUUGAAAAAUUGCGUGGACCACAUUACCGAUGAAAAUACAGUCAAAGACUUGGAUGUCAAUAUUUCCGUCGAUACGCUAAUGGAAAAUGAGAACGCCAUACUGAAUUUCUAUGAAGAAAUGGACUUGCUUAGAGGCAUGGACAUGGGCGCGUGGAAAGUAUUCUUGUUAGUACCGGAUUUACCAUCAACAUUCAUAAGGACACCACUACCCAAGUUCAGGGACGAAAUGGAAAAAAUAAUUUAUACUAGAGAAAUUGCUGUUGAAGAGGAAGAAAAGUUAGCAAAAAAACCAUCCGGAGAAUCGGAUGGAGCGAUACUAGUGAAAAGAGCACAAGGUUAGAAAACCUCAGCUGCAAGUGAUACACAGGCUGCAGGAUCGUCGGACGCAUGAGAAUAGAACUUUGGAAUUCUCACGCCUUCGUUGAAGUUGUAUUAUCACUCAAAUUUAUUUAUUUUUUUUUAAUUUAUCACAAUAGGGUUAUUUAAACCUUCUACAGGUAUCAUAUAUUUUAUAAAUUAUCUUACUAUCAUAUAAAUAAUAAUGUUAUACCAUUAAAAUAUUGAGUAAAUUACGUUUAAGUUGAAAUUUAUAUUUAAAUAAUUUCGGUAGAGUAAAUAUUAAUAAACCGAUUAGUUAAUAAAUCAUAGUCUUAUACUUCAAAUUCAAUUGAAUAAUAUACAUUUUCAUUAAAAAAAAUGUGUAACAAUUCAUAUUUAACCAUGAUGAAAAAUAAAACUUUAUUCGAUCGAGAUCACGAAAUAUGAUUCGUUAUAAUAAUACACUCGGUAUCCACACACUUGCUAAUUGCUAUAAUAUGUAACCUCACUUUUUUUUACUCUUAUUUUGUCAACAGUAAAAAUUUUGUAUUUUUGUAAUAAAUGUCAUAUAAUCAGCUUUACGUUCUACAUACAAUAAUAUCAUUGACUAAAAUAAUUAUCUUUGGACAAUUUCUUAAAGAAAACAAACUCACUCCUAAGGCCCGUCUCACAUGGACGCGAAUCAUACUCGAUGUACCGUACGCUCGCGUUUUUAGUUUACAUUGGUUAAAUUCAUACUUGCCACUCUGACGACGGUGGCGCGUUUCUCUCACGGGUAUAACGCUUAUGAACUUAAUCAAUGUAAACUAAAAAUGCGCCAGUAUGAUACGCGUAUAUGUGAAACGGGCCUAAGACAUAAAAAAA